UUGUAUUUUGUUUUAACUUGAAAAUACUGUUAAUUUAUGUACAAAUCAUUUAGGUACAAUUUAAAAUACAGAAACAGAUAAGAAUGUUGACCUCCUGAUGUGUACGACAGCUAACCCCCUUUCUCACUCUUAUCUGACAAACAAGAUGACCAGUAUGACUGUCUGUUAUAUGAAGAAAAUCUAUGUGUUAUUCCGAACAGCUUUGUCUCUUGCUGUUGUUGUCACUCAGUCUGUUUGGAGCACCUUCACUCUUGGAGACGCAGUUGAUUUGGAAUGCUUCAUCACUGUGGAUGACGAUGACAGGACAAGCCCCAGAUGUUAUCUCUGUAUUCUCACUGCAAUUGUCUUUGGAGAGUUUGACAAAAAGCUUUGCUUUGCUACAAGGAAGAGUGGCACCAGAUUUGUGCUGACCAUCUCAGAUUCCACGACAUCCAACAUGGGGAUGUAUUACUGUGCUGCAAUUGAUUAUGAAAGCAUGAUCUUCAGGAGUUGUGUUUUUCUGAAACAUCAGGUCCUGGAAAAGCUGCAGAUUCCAGGACCCAGCAUGUUGAACAGUAGUUGGUGUCUGAGUCAGUCCAGCCAGGAGAGUCUGAACUGUAAAAUACACACUGAGACCUGUGCAGGAGAACACAGUGUCUAUUGGUUCAGACGUGGCUCAGGAGAAUCCCAUCCAGGAAUCAUUUACACCCAUGGAGACAGGAGUGAUCAGUGUGAGAAGAGCCCUGAGGCUGGGUCUCCUACACAGAGCUGUGUCUACAACCUCCCCAAGAGGAACCUCAUCCUCUCUGAUGCUGGGACUUACUACUGUGCUGUGGCCUCAUGUGGGGAGAUAGUGUUCUGGAACGAGACCAAGCUGGAUGUUGAAGAUGGUGACAUUGAUCCACAGAUGAGAAUCCUGGUCCUUCUCUUCUUCAUAGGAACUGGAGUUCUCCUCUGCUGCCUGACCAUCAUCACCUACACCACCAGGAAAUAGAUACAUCUAUGGCCAAUAUCAACAGACUGACCGUAUGUGCUCUCUGGUCUUGGCCAUUGUGGAGAGGUUGGCAUCUGUUUGAUUGAGUGUGUGGACAGGUGUCUUUUAUACAGGUAAUGAGUUCAAAC